UUACAUCUAGCGAGGAUAGACGAUUAUAUCGCACGAUGGGUACACAUUCAUGGAGAAAUACAGGGCUAUUAGUUCUAUCAGUUUGUUACUCCAUGAAGUUUUGGAAAAAAAUCAUUGGAUUGAUGGUUUGCGUCACUUUCGUUAUUUUCCUGUCCAACCAAAUCCAAAUCCUGAAUGCCAGGAAUGACAAAGUACACCAGCGCUUGAAACCUGUUUCAUCCAGGUAUACUGGAGAGACGAAAUCAACUGCUCGAUGUGAUAAGGUAACUCAGCAUCAGGGUCAAAUGACCUGCGACAAAUGGGUGGUGGUCACGACGAUCUUCAAUUUGACCGACGCCGUGAAGGACCUACUGAAGAUGCCAAAGUGGUGUCUGGUACUGGUUGGUGACAAGAAGGGCCCGAAAGUAGUGCCGUCAUUUCCCAAUCUGAUCUUCCUUGACGUUGCCUGGCAGGAGCGCUGUCCGUAUCAUAUCUGCCGGCAUCUUCCAUGGAAUCAUUUUAGUCGAAAAAACAUUGGCUUCAUGUAUGCUGUGGCUAACGGCGCAAAGUGGAUCUACGAUACCGACGAUGACAACUUCCCCAAGUUUCCGAAAUCUGAGCCGCUUCUGGAUUCUUCGAUCAAAUUGGAUUUAAUACAGGUCGCUGGACACGUGUACAAUCACUAUAUUCCCUACAUCAAACCAAACACAACCUUUUGGCCGAGGGGGUUGCCGCUGGAUAAAAUCAAGGAUUCCAACACGAUUGACAUGAAAGUAAUCGGUUCUAUCAAGCCGCAAAAGGUCGCGGUGAUUAACUAUUUAGCCCAAACUGAUCCCGACGUGGACGCUAUCUAUAGACUGACACAGAAGAUUCCGUUUCAGUUCGAGGUGGUGGAGAAGUAUCACGCUUUACCACAUUACGUCAUGUCGCCCUACAACGCCCAGGCAACGAUGCAUGCUCAGUUCGCCUUCUGGGGUCUGCUCCUGCCUGCAAGCGUAGACGGGCGUGUUUCGGAUAUAUGGCGGUCAUAUUUCACUCAACGGUUGGUCUGGGACACCGAGGGUCACAUCGCUUUCGGUCCGCCAUAUGUCAAUCAAAUUCGUAACGCGCAUUCGUAUAUGGCCGAUUUUCACAAUGAAAUGGAUGUCUACUAUAAAACCAGCCGACUGAUCAACUUCCUGGUGAACUGGAUCCCGAAAACCGUUUCGUUGGCGCAGAACAUGAUCGAUCUUUACAUCGAGCUCUAUCAAAUCGAUAUUAUCGGGCGUGCGGAUAUCGAAUUAGCCAUGGCCUGGAUUCGUGAUCUGGAAUGUGUCGGCUAUACCUUUCCGCCAGUCAAAGUUGCGAAAGAUUACGUGUAUUUGAUACAAGGCGCAAGCGUCAGGAUGCUCGAUCAACUUGUAUCAAACUCAAAUCGAGAUGUUUUAUGGCUUACGUACGCAACGGAGUCAGGCGAUCUUUACCGGCCGAAUAGCACGUGGACCAGUGGAAGGAAUUUUCUGCUGGAACACGCGGUUGAACGUGGGAGUCGAAUGUCGAAGAAGGGUUUUAAUUAUUUCAUCUUUCUCGACGACGACACUACAUUGUCGUUCAGUUAUAAUGGUACAAGAUGGAACAGUGAAGGCCGAUGCAAUAGCGACGUUGUGUGGACAUGCUUUGAACAAUUCUUAGGCGCUAACGAGCCGGCAAUCAGCUAUCCACACUACAUAACCUAUGGACAUUUCUAUGACGAGAAAUCACUCGUUAAUUUAAACUACCAUUUCGAUGCAAUGACGGUGGCGUUUCACCGUGACACAUUAUCUUUCCUGAUGCCCUACAGUACUGAGUUUGAUGCAGAAUCCUGGUGGGCAUCGAGUGUUAUCUGUAAUGGCCUGGCCAACAUGUUGUAUAGCUCCAGCAGGUAUCAGUACAAUGUUCUUCAUAGUAAUAAUUCGAGAAAAGAUCAUCCGGGCAAUACUAAAUACAAGACUAAUCACAAGCGAUCCAUUCAAUUACAAUACCUGCUAUCGGCCCUUCUGCCAACUGUCGAUGGAAAGCCGAAUCCAUUGUUGCACAGUACCUCACCGAAUUUAACUAAAGGGGUUCACGGUACGCCCAAGCUGAAGAAAAAUAAAACCUACAUCGUGGACUACGCGUUCAUUAAAAAGUAUUUUAAGCUCGAUCAUAGGUUUUUGCAAACAAGGCUGGACUGGCUGAAAAAGCCCGUGAUUAAACAAAUUCUAUUCGGGGGCAAAGACGUAACUGAAUUUCAUAAUUCAUUUAAUCCUGAUUAUUCUUAUCCGAUGGUAUGAUUCGUCAGCGUGUCACUUUAACCUCACUUGACCCCAAUACCCUUGGAGAUAGAGGUAUUUAUGUUUUGACUGGCUUACUUUACGUAAGAAAGGGUGCUGAUUUGCUCCACUCAAGACAGAUGAUAGCCAUUUUAACCCUUGAUUCAGUAAAUACAGGUUUUUAAAUAUGAAUUUAGGAAAGGAGGUUUUGACAGCCCUAUUCAAUCUUAAAAGGGGUACUGAUC